CUGCUAUGGGCGUAAACGUUAGGUAAUCUCAUAGUUGUCCAGCAGAGUUGUUGGUUUGGGUUAGGUUCAGUUCUGCCCCCCUGUGGGUAAAGUAACCUUAGUAUCCUGCCACCAAGGUUAGUCAUUAACUCACUCAGGGCACCGAAGAAAGCGGACAGCAUUCUGUCCGAGGCAUGCUGCCGCCCAGCCGUCACAUCUUACCAUGGGCGACUGUAACCACAGUACACACGAGCGGGCUUUGUCCAUAGAGGACGGCGUUAGUGUAGUGUUUCACAAAGUUGACAGCCAUGAUGACACAAACAGCGGCGACGAGAGUGGCGAUGAUGAACGAACAGCAGCGACGAUUCACUUGCAAAGUAACUGCCAUGAUGUGUCCUGUGAUUACGAUGGUGAUGCUGAGGGAGCGAGAGGAAGCGACAAUUCUCUGGAAGGCAGCGAGAAGAAAACACUAUGCCCGCCGGCGUUUUGCGUCAGAAGCAGGCUGGCAUCCCGAGACGGAAGCGCACUUGAAGACUCAGAGAAACCAAACAGCUGUCCAGGUCUUGGUUUGUUCUAUGCUUUCCUGUCCACAGUUUUCUUCUCCACCAUUGCACUCUUGGUGAAAACCAUCGAGGGGGUCCACGCCAUUGAGAUCAGCGCCAUACGCUGCUUCUUCCAGAUGCUCUUUACUAUGCCCUUACUCAUCUACCACAAGACAGGUUUCCUUGGUCCCAGAGACAAACGCAUAUAUUUGGUGCUUCGGGGUUUCAUUGGCUCCAAUGCCAUGAUCCUGCUCUUCUAUGCUGUUCAGCAGAUGCCGCUAGCCGACGCCACAGUCAUCAUGUUCAGUAAUCCAGUCUUUACCUCCCUGCUGGCCUGGAUCUUCCUGAAGGAGAGAUGUACAAUCUGGGACUGUAUCUUCACUGUUUUUACCAUCACUGGAGUCCUCCUCAUCGCCCGACCGCCAUUUCUCUUCGGCGACCAUCGGCGUGGCAUUGAGGGCAACUAUGCUAACCACAUUAAGGGGACUAUUGCUGCCUUUGCAGGAGCUAUUGGGGCUGCUUUUACUUUUGUUGUCCUUCGUAAGAUGGGGAAGAGCGUCCAUUACUACCUCUCUGUCUGGUACUACGCUGUCAUCGGUUUCAUUGAGUGCAUCAUCACAGUAUCCGUCCUGGGGGAGUGGAAAAUCCCAUACUGUGGCCGUGAUCGCUGGCUGCUGAUGCUGAUUGCUGUCCUGGGUAUCGCAGGCCAGAGCUUCCUUACAAAGGCUCUCCAGAUUGAGAAGGCUGGACCUGUGGCUCUGAUGAGGACUAUCGAUGUGGUGCUGGCGUUCAUCUUCCAAUUCAUUUUCCUCAACCGUGCACCGACCAUGUGGAGCCUCGGAGGGGCGCUGUGCGUCGUGGCGAGCACUAGUGGAGUAGCACUCCAGAAGUGGUACAGCAGCUCUCGCAAGAGCUGAGAUGGAGAAGCAACAUAGAAUACUUUGGUAUUACUAUCUUUUUUUCCCCCUAAUGUUCUUGAUUCUGUAGUUUACUUGUUACUCUUGCGUAAACCUGUGAGAAGGUUUAACCUCAUUAGAGAGUUAAAAAUGUGUACAACAUAAAUGGGACUGAAAGUUUAAUUUCAUCAUAAUAAAUAAGUUUUAUGAAGGAUAUCCUCAGUCCCAUUUUACGUUUGCUUUAACCUGAAUACAAUAGCCAGAGAGGUUUAUUGCAUUGGGACCAUCCAUACUGUGUUACAUAACUUGGCAAUAAUAUUAUACUGAAAAAUAGUAUACUCCAUAUUUCAUUUUUAUUGUGGUAUGCACUAGGCACUAUCAAAUGAGUAUCUGCAAAAAAUGCUCAAUAUAUUUGUGGUGCUGACAAUGCAGCUAGGAUCACUCUGUCAAUAAAAACAAGGAAAUGUAAUGCAAACCAAAUAAGCUGUAUUAGCACUUAGAUACAUGUUUAUUAGAAAAACUUCACAGAUAUUUGAGUCAACAAAAAAAAUAAAAAAGAUGAAAAUAAAAUCCCAAAUUUGGUUACAAUUUUAAACUCGAAACAGCUGUACAAUUUACUCAGGGAUCUCUUGCCGAGCUGCUUAUGAUGCCCAAAUGUGAAUUACACCUGAAUCCAAUCCAUGAAGAAUUUAUUCCUUCGUGAUUUUUGAUUUUAUUUUGCUUCUGUCAUCCCUAUCCCAUCUAAUAUAGUUUAUAAGAUUAUAAAAUAAUAUCCAAUAUUAUCCAAUCCAUAGUGACUCAUUUCUUAACAAAAUCUUUGAAGUGCCUUAAGUAGGGACUUUUAACCUCCAGCUUCCCUUAGUGGAGCUGCUCAGUAACCUGCAAUCACACCUGGCCAGCUCCCAGGUGUGAUGUGAAUAUGAAGUAGGGUGCUUCUGGAAAAAAAGUCAACCCAUUAACUAAUGUUUUUUUUUUUUUUUCAAAGAUAAGGCCUAACAGCAUUGUUUUAUUUAACUGAAGGCUGCACACAUUUCUUCAUCUCAGGAGGAGUCAGCUCUUAUCAUAUUGGCUAGCAUUUCCUGUCAUCUUAAAGCAUUAAAUUAGUGCUCUCAACAGUCUCAAAAUAUAUUUUUAUUCCACGAUGCUCAAAGAGCGGUGUUGUUUGCACUUUGUCUUUGCUAUAGAGUAGAAAAAGUGACAGUAACCGGCUGCCACUGUAAUUCAACAAAUAAAGUGAGCAUCCAAACAGCUGCACACACGGGUUGCUAGAUGAUAACUUCCUCUUCCUAGAGAGGAAAGAUGAGAGAUGAAACUAAAUCAAAACAGUGCAGGUUGUUCAAUUUAAACAUACCCUGCAUCCCUCAGUUGAAUAGUCGCAACAGUCCCACUUUGUCACUAAACUAAAAAGCUGAUGCUGAGCCAUCUUUGUUUUUGUGAUUGCCUCGGUGAAUCUGUGAUUCUUGUGCCAGGUAGAGGAUGUCUGUAGUCACCUCAUGAUCAUCCAUAAGUAGGUUAGAUGUACCGUACCUGGCUGAGAAAUAAGACAACUAAGCUCUUGAGCUCAUAAUAUAAUUAUUAUAAUUAAUUAUAAUAAUUAUUAGAGCAAAAAGAUAUUGUGCUAAAAAGCAAUAUUGGGUCUUGUCUUUCCACUAAAAGGUUGUGGUACACAAGACCACUGUGCCCAGCUGCAUAGUCUAAUGUGACUCUUCCUAUGACAGUAAUGUAUGUUUGUUUCGUUAAUUCUCUACUUUAAGAAGUCACACACAGAUUCCAAGAGGAAUGUUUCAUUUAAAGGUGCCGUAGGUAGGAUUGUGAAGAUCCAGGACUUAGCCAAAGAAUUUGAACAUCGACAACU